AUGCCUGCUCUUUCCAUCUCAAGUAAAGCGAGCUUCAGCUUUGUUCCAACGUCAACGAUCCAAUUCAUCCAACAGCACCUCAUCAUCUCAGUAUAUUGCCGAGUCAGGGAACACUCAUCAAAUUCCUUCCCAUCCGACUUCUUGUUGCUCUUCGCGCUCAUCACCUUCCCCUGGGCGUUCUGCCGUCAACUUCUAGUCUCCGCAGCUAAGGCGCACGGCCCCGGUCUACUGUCAAGCUCCCGCUUCAUCAUGCUCGUCAAGCUUGAAAAUGCAAAGUCGGCAGCGGCAAGUUCUAUGGUGCUCCGCCUAGUGAGCCAGAACGUCCGGUAUGCGACGACGAAACCCACUCCCAAUGAGAAACCGUGGAGCUUUCGGGGUCCGAAACUCUGCAACCAGUUGGACUUCCUCACGACUGGCCAUGAGUCAGCAUUCAUCUGUCUGCAAGAAGUCCUCUACUCUCAACUUGAAGACAUCCAGUCUUACCUCGGUCCUGCCUGGGGACAUAUAGGUCUCGGUCGUGAUGACGGCAAGCGAGGUGGCGAAUUCUCACCAGUCUUCUACCAGGUUGGACGUUGGCAGUGCGAGCGGAAUGAAACCCUUUGGUUGAGCAAGACACCAGAAAAGCCAUCUAGAGGAUGGGAUGCCGUACUGAACCGUGUUGUUACCGUCGGGGAGUUUUUCGAUAAACAAACAGACUCGCGUAUCGUUGUCAUGAGUACGCACUUCGAUCAUAUAGGAGUUGUGGCUCGAGAGCAGAGCGCAAAACUGCUUCUCAACGUUGCUAGAGAGUGGAGCAAAGGAGCAAACGGAAAACCUCCGACAACCGUCCUGCUCGCGGGUGACUUUAACAGUACCCCGGAUGACAAUGCCUACAAGACAAUGGUGGCGCCGGAGUCAGGCAUGGUCGAUGUCUCAACUCAGGUUCCUAAAGCGAAGCGAUACGGAAACGAUAUCACGUACACGUCGUUUGACGAGCCUGAUGAGAAGCCGAAGAGAAUCGACUUUUUGUUUGUGAAGGAUCCGAGCCCAGCUACCAUCAAGACAUUUGGCGUGCUAUCGAACAAGUUCGAUGACGGCGUUUAUCUGUCUGACCAUAGGCCAGUCGUCGCCGACGUUGAGAUUCCUAAUCGUGGACCCCCGUGCAACGUCACGCAAAUCAGCGGCGUAGAAGAGGCAGAUCUGGACCUGCCCGAGUCUCCGAGACAAGCUCCCUGCAUCUCCAGCAUUCCAAGGUCUCGACGUCAAAUGAAUUCGACUGGCGCGCAGGAGCUGGACAACCGCUCGGCAUCGAGUGAUAGGAUCUCGCAGCAACAGGCUAUCGACAAGUCGAUGUACACGGCCAACGACGAGUGGCGUUGCGUCAUUUUAAGCCUCCAAAGUCAGUCGAUAUGGCGUUCGCAUACGGCCAUGUCAUAUUCUACCUACCACUGUGGCGCGUUGGGAUCGCUUUCAACGGUGGCGUUGAGGGAUUAUGCCUCAAGCGAAAAGGCGGUGUGGCUCCGAGAUGGUGUCGAGUUCCUCGCUCCACAACCAACAACCGCCUAUCGAUCCGUCCGCCUCGGAUAUGUCGACUUGUCAGUCCAUCGCGUCUUUGCAGCAGCGUCCGCUCUCGGCUUCAUGCAGUUCGAGCGUGCAAGAAACCGUGUCCUCGGCCUCCGCAUUUCUAAUCACACAAACUAUGCUUCUCUGCAUACAAUUCGUAAUGACGAUGUCUUUGACCGUGCUCAAUACAGAGCUCAUCCAUUCUCCGCAAGAUACCGAACCGAGGAUCCUAGCGACCCGUUCAUUACCUUGGAUGCGACGAUGCUCCACUUCUCAACGAGGAUAAAACCAACUUUGACUAGCUUCCUCGAUAAGACGGAGCCACGAGAGGCUCCGGGAGGGCCUCACUCGAACCCAUUUCGGCAUCCGGAAUACGCAGUUGCGUACAGCGUGUGGAGGACGGUCUAG